GUGAAAAGUGAUAAAAAAGGAAGGAUUGAGUGCAACUAUACGUAUUCAGUUAACUGUUAUGUGGAUCGUAUGGAGUUUCUGCUUGUCAAGAAUGUGUCCUUUCCGAUUACUCCAGAAUUUACUCGAUUAACCCUAUUAAGACUCUUUAGUCUCUUCGGGGAAAUUUGCGAUAUUGUCAUGAACCGGACAGGUGGUAUGGCUUCUAUUGCCUUUAUAGCUUCAACAUGCGCACAAGAUGCACUUGUUCAUUUAAAUGGCUGUCUUUUGUUUGGGAGGUUAAUCAGUGUAAGUGUUGCACCUCCCCCUCCUUCCAUCGUACCUGGCUUUAUUGUUACUAUGAAGCCUACGUCCACCCUUCUUGUGGAAAAUGAAUCUUACCUUCGAAUUUUGGUUGUUUUGAGGCACCUGUCUGGGGUGCAGCGAAUCGUGCCGAUCACUCCUCGAUCUUGCACUGUUUAUCUGGAUAACUUAAAUAUAGCGAUAAUCACUAAGGAGCUUCUUUCUGCGCAUCGGAAUUGCUGGAUGAAUAACAUUAGCGUGCUUUUUCUCACUAAAAGACCGUGA